AUGGAAGCUGCAGUUGGAAUUGAAUCAUUCCUGCAAGAAGGAUAUCCAUUUAAGUGUAUCUUCAAACAUCGCUUUACCGAUUUCAUUGUAUAGGAAAUCGAUCUCAAGAAUUAAGUGGCAGUGAUAUCCGAUAAAACCAAAUGGAACAAUACCGAUCAGAAGCAGGAUCAACCAUUCCAAAAAAAAGACAAGGCAUUACCCUUUGCAAAUUUGACUCUGUCUGAAGAAUUUCUAUAGCAAUCCACUCAACUAUUUGGACAAGAGGUCACCGAAUAAUUCAAAUAAUUUGUUGAGAAGGUGAAGACCACUGGCAAAUGUGUAUAAUUUGAGACUAAAGUCCCUUUGCCUGAAUCAAAAGAAGAUAGAAUUAAGGUGCAUCAAUUGAUUAGGUAAAAUAUUCCAAUCCUUGAAUCCUUCACUAAAAAUGUCCACAAUUAAAAGAGCAAAGCAGAAAAGAAGGAAGACAAAGCAAAUGAAAAACUUUAAGAACAAGUCCUCUAAGAUCACAUUCUCAUCAAGACUAGUACCAUAAACUUCAAAAAAUAUGUGGCUAGUCAGACUACAAGCAAAGCCUAUGGAGAAAGUAAGAAAUUUGUCAAAUUUUUGUUGAUGAAAAGAAACAUUGAUUCGAUCAAUGCAGGAAUGUUUAUAUCGAAGUAACUUGGAUUAUCGAAUAAGCACUUUGCUAUUGCAGGCACAAAGGAUAAAAGAGGCAUUACGACUUAAUGGGCUACACUUUAAGGAAUGGAAAUAGGUUAGUUGAUAGAAAUAUAGGAAAGAAAGUUUUGGAAUUCGAACAUCUUGAUGUCUGAUUACUCAUAUUAGGAUUCAGGAAUUAGAUUAGGAGACUUAUAAGGAAACAAGUUUUGUGUCACCUUGAGGUUUCUGAGUGAGUUGACACAAAAUCAAUAAUGGGAAUUAGCAAAGAACAUUGAAAAUUUAAAAUCAUAUGGAUUUGUGAAUUAUUUUGGUCUAUAAAGAUUCGGAUCCAAAUCCAAAAUUAAGACUCAUCAGAUAGGCAAGGAAAUAAUCAAGAAGAAUUGGAAGGAAUGCAUUCGAUUGAUCCUAUUGUCAUCGCAACAAGAAGACGAGGAGAGAAUCAAUUAAUUAUUUGAACUUGAUGAUUUUGUAACGAUGUCCACUCUUAUUAAUCCAAAGUUAAGGAUUGACAAAUAAUUGGUAGACAGUUUAUUGUAAAAUGGAGUGCAUAAUUACUUUACAGCAUUACAGAGUCUGCCUAGAAAUGCAAGAGAACUCUACCUCCAUGCUUAUCAGAGUUAUAUUUGGAAUAGAAUGGCAUCGAUGAGAAUCAAAUAAUUUGGAAACAAGAUCGUUGUAGGUGAUAUUGUAAGUGCCACUAUUCUGGAUGAAGGAGUUGCAGAAGAAGGAGAGGAAAUCGUUUAACAGGUUGCAGAAGAUGAAGAACAAUAGAAAAAUCAAACAAUUUCGGCUUGUGUUCUUGUGACUGAAUAGAAUAUUUCACAAUAUACCUUUGACCAAAUAGUUUUGCCAAUCUAUGGACACAAAAUCACCAUUCCUGAAGAAUCUAUAGCUUCGAGUUUAUUGAAGGAAAUAUUUUAGGAGGAACAAAUUACUAAAUAAGAUUUCGAGGAUGCUUCCAAUAAGUUUUUUAUUGAUGGCAAUUUCAGAUAUUUUGUUUAAAUUCCAACUGAAGUGGAUCAUCAAUUAUUCAAGUAUUAGAACAAAGAUCAAGAUGUGGUUGAUUCCUUUGGAGAACUAAUCGUCGACCAAGGGACAUAUUAAGGUUUGCUUUUCAGGUUCAAGUUAAAGAAAAGUAGUUAUGCAACUAUGCUAAUAAGAGAGCUCACUAAAUGCCCAUCAACUUUGGAGUUUUAAUAAGAGUUAAGUGUAGAAUUCAAAUGAGUAUUUUCUACAAUCUUGUAAAGGUGUAUUUGAAUUUAAUUUCUUA